AUGCUAAAGCUGGCGGGGCUGUGCUUCGCCGUGUCCAUCAUCUGCCUGUGCGGCGUCCGGUCCUGGGCUUGCAGUGGCAGCGGCUGCAGGGGGAGUACUGUGUUGCUCCGUUCAGAAUCCUGGAGACGAGGACGAGCGGCAGCAUCUUGCGGUAAUCAGGGGUGCGACAUCAACACGGGUGGCCAAGGGCAAUGGCGGCGGCUGCUGGCGGAUGGUCCGGGGUCAGACCCGCCGCGUUGCACGUCCAAGUGCGGCGACUGCAGCCCGUGCCACCCGGUGCACGUGGCCGUGCCGCCGGGCGUGCCGGUCACCACCGAGUACUACCCGGAGGCGUGGAGGUGCAAGUGCGGCAACCGCCUCUACAUGCCAUGA